UACAGAAAAUGGCGUAAAAGCAUUGAUGCAGGCCGAAUUUAUUUGAAUGAUUUCGAGAAUUUUCCUGCAGAAUUUCCUCGUUCAUUAAAUUUUGAAGACAUAGAAUGCUCUUUUGAUUUAUUAGCUGGUUAUAUUGCUGUGGGAAUAACUCGCAUUGGUUUAAACUGGUUGUAUAAGAUUGAUGAAGGUAUCCACUUAUCACAUUCAUUUUAUUUCGACGAUUAUGUUGAUCGUAAUGAUGGAUUAGAACAUGGGAUUGAAAGUAUAAUUUCAUCGAAUGAAAUUGAAAUGAAACUUUGGAUAACUGGUACUGGAAAACUCAUUUAUGUUGUAUAUUUUCGCAAACAUAUUUUAUUUUUGGACGUUGAAGAAAAGAUUAAAAUUCCAACACCACCAUUUAUUUACAGUCAAGGUUUAGUAAAAUCAUUAAAUUUACGACGAGGAACUGAUGAAUAUUUUUACAUUAUAACUACUAGGAGUGAAAAAAUGCACGUCAUCAGAUUGGAUUACGUUGGAAAUAAAAUAACUACAAAAAAAUUAUUAAUAAUUAGUAAUAAUUCAGUUGAAUGUACUAAGUUUAUUGAUUUUUAUGCAGAGGAGAGAAAAGUACGCAUAGUUAUAGUUGUGAUGUGAAUUGUUUUCCUUGAAUGUUGUUUUCACACGGAAAAAAUGUUCUUUAAAUAAUUACUCUGUAAUUUUGAGUAACUCUGGGCCAAUCCAAAAAAUUGAUAUUUUUUAUUUUAACUUCUAAUA